AACAUCAACACUGUUCCAAACAAAUUUCAGCUUUUCUGUUUAUUUUAAUAAAAUAUUUCUGAAAUUAUGUCACUUGUGUACAUAACAUUUCAUAAUGAAAAUAUUGAAGAUAUUGAAAAACCAAUAUCUGACGAAGAAAAUUACAAAUUUCCAAAAUACGUUUCUGUUUAUCGCAAAUUUGUAAAAAGUGCACCAAUAAACCAAACCGAAAGGCAAGGGAAGAAAAUCAUUACCGCUUCUAGAAAAUUUUCUCGCAAAACACUAGGCUAUGCUGAAACUCCCCUCGAGGAUCCAUCUAAGUUUCUUAAGAAAGAUGGUGGCAUAAAAUGGCAACGAUUAAACGAUCAUGUUUGCCCUCCCAGCAGAGGUUUGCCUCCAAUUCCGAAAAGAGAUGCUUACAAACACGAGAAUCAAGAAGAGAAGAAAGGAGUAAAUUUUAUCGAAAAGAAUAUUGAAAGAAUUAAAACGGCGACCACGUCAGCAUUACAACGUUCAAUGCCCAUCAAAUAUGUUGAUACAGUAGCAGGUGAACGACAUAAUCUCGAUGGAACCGGUCUCGUUCCAAAGCAUGUGCUUUCAAAGAAAUUUGGCAAAACACCGGCUUAUUUGAAUAAUAUAAGAAAGGCACUUGGUGAGAAUCUGUGCUCUAAGUCCAGGGAAACAAAUGAAAGUUCUCAAGGUGUUCGAAUUCUAACCAACACAGAACGCAAUGCAAUAUUAAUAGGAUUACGUGAAAAUUAUUCAGAACUUGAGAAAACCUAUCAACUCUUGCCCAUUUGUACCGACACUCAUUCAAAGAAACAACGGAAAGGAAAGCUUGAACAGGAAUUAAAGCGUAUAGAACAGGAUAUACUUUUGAUGGAGUCAAAUCCAGUAAUUAUGAUUUGUGACGAUUAAGUUUUCAAAAUUCGUAAGCAUACUUUUUCCACAAUAUUUAUAGUAAAAUGUGUCUUAAAAUAAUGCACAUAAUUAUAUUUGCUUGAAAUACAAAUAAAUACAAUGGUAUCGAUUUUAAUG